UGCCCGUGAGCGCCUAGACCCCCGCCCCAAGUUCCCGGCUCGGGGGAUCGGGGCGGGGAGCGCCGUCCUUUUCUCGGUCUCUACUGCCUCCCGCUGGCGGCGGCGUGCACCGCAGCCUCGGACGGAUGGAGGGCCCGCGAGCCCUGGGGGCCGAGGGCGCACAAGAGCCUGUUUGCUGGGGCCGGGCGAGGGGGCGCGCAGCGAGCACGGGCGCGCUGGGCCAGACGGAGGAUGAGGCGGGAUAGGGUGGGGCCGAGUAGGCAGGAUUUGGGGUGCCCCGCAAUGCCAAAAUCACUGUCCAGGGCCCCAGCCCUGGCCAGUCCAGGAGAAGCUUGGGUCACGCCGCCGCCAGCUCCUCCAUCAGCGCCGCCCUUCAGUGAGGGCCCCGCCCCUGUCGCGGUGCCGGUGCGUGGACUGCGGCCUCUGGGGCCCGCACUGCACGCACUGGGCCCAGCCCAGUCCACCGAGCCAGGGGAAGGAGACGCCUGCCCGUCCGCCCUGGCAGCCAUGUGGCCUCCGCGGCGUCCCCCACACACGCCUUCCCUGGUCCCCCCACUCCUUCUCCUCCUCUUCUUCCUCCUGGGAAGAGAGGCCAAGGCUGAAGGCCCUGAGGACCCCGAGCUGCUGGUGACCGUGCGUGGGGGUCGGCUGCGGGGCAUCCGCCUGAUGGCCCCUGGGGGCCCCGUCUCUGCCUUCCUGGGCGUCCCCUACGCAGAGCCACCUGUGGGCCCCCGUCGCUUUCUGCCACCGGAGCCCAAGCGGCCCUGGCCGGGGCUGCUGGAUGCCACGGCCUUCCAGAGCGUCUGCUACCAGUACGUGGACACCCUGUACCCCGGCUUUGAAGGCACUGAGAUGUGGAACCCCAACCGUGAGCUGAGCGAGGACUGCCUCUACCUCAAUGUAUGGACGCCAUACCCCCGGCCCGCAUCCUCCGCCCCCGUCCUCGUCUGGAUCUAUGGGGGUGGCUUCUACAGCGGGGCCUCCUCCCUGGAUGUGUACGAUGGCCGCUUCCUGACCCGGGCGCAGGGGACGGUGCUGGUGUCCAUGAACUACCGGGUGGGAGCCUUUGGUUUCUUGGCCCUGCCAGGGAGCCGAGAGGCUCCGGGCAACGUCGGUCUGUUGGACCAGAGACUGGCACUGCAGUGGGUGCAGGAGAAUGUGGCAGCCUUUGGGGGAGACCCAACGUCGGUGACGCUGUUUGGGGAGAGCGCGGGCGCCGCCUCUGUGGGCAUGCACCUGCUGUCCCCGCCUAGCCGGAGCCUGUUCCACAGGGCUGUCCUGCAGAGUGGGGCACCCAACGGGCCCUGGGCCACGGUGGGCGUGGGAGAGGCCCGCCGCAGGGCCACGCUGCUGGCCCGCCUCGUGGGCUGUCCCCCGGGUGGGGCUGGGGGCAACGACACAGAGCUGGUGGCCUGCCUGCGGACGCGGCCAGCCCAGGACCUGGUGGACCACGAGUGGCACGUGCUGCCCCAGGAAAGUGUCUUCCGCUUCUCCUUUGUGCCUGUGGUGGACGGAGACUUCCUCAGUGACACCCCCGAGGCCCUCAUCAAUGCUGGAGACUUCCAUGGCCUGCAGGUGCUGGUGGGUGUGGUGAAGGAUGAGGGCUCCUAUUUUCUGAUUUAUGGGGCCCCAGGCUUCAGCAAAGACAACGAGUCUCUCAUCAGCCGAGCCCAGUUCCUGGCCGGGGUGCGGGUCGGGGUCCCCCAGGUGAGUGACCUGGCGGCCGAGGCCGUGGUCCUGCAUUACACAGACUGGCUGCACCCCGAGGACCCGGCACGGCUCAGGGAGGCCCUGAGCGAUGUGGUGGGCGACCACAACGUGGUGUGCCCCGUGGCCCAGCUGGCCGGGCGACUGGCUGCCCAGGGGGCCCGUGUCUACGCCUACAUCUUCGACCACCGGGCCUCCACGCUCUCCUGGCCCCUCUGGAUGGGGGUGCCCCAUGGCUAUGAGAUCGAGUUCAUCUUUGGGCUCCCCGUGGAGCCCUCACUAAACUACACGGCUGAGGAGAGAAUCUUUGCCCAGCGGCUGAUGAGAUACUGGGCCAACUUCGCCCGCACAGGAGACCCCAAUGAUCCCCGGGACCCCAAGUCCCCGCAGUGGCCACCGUACACGGCGGGAGCGCAGCAGUACGUGAGCCUGAACCUGCGGCCGCUGGAGGUGCGGCGGGGGCUGCGCGCUCAGGCCUGCGCCUUCUGGAACCGCUUCCUGCCCAAACUGCUCAGCGCCACCGACACGCUGGACGAGGCCGAGCGCCAGUGGAAGGCCGAGUUCCACCGCUGGAGCUCCUACAUGGUGCACUGGAAGAACCAGUUCGACCAUUACAGCAAGCAGGAUCGCUGCUCAGACCUGUGACCAGGCGGGACCCCCACAUCCCGCCGCCCUGCCCGGCCCCCUAGCUGUAUAUACUGUUUAUUUAAGGGCCGGGAUAUAACCCUGAGGAGCCCUAGACCCUGCCCCCCACUCCGACGGUCCCCGGGGGCUCCCCGUCCUCUGCAUGUCUCGGCCGAGCUCCCUCCCCCGCGGUGCCUUCGCCCCUCUGGGCUGCCAAUAAACUGUUACAGCUA